AAACAAAUAAAAAUUAUGAACUUCAGACCAACUAUGAACAAAAUAUUCUAAUAAUAAACUUGCGCUUUCCCUGAUGUUUCAAAAUGAGUAUUAGAUUUAUAAUAGCAGGGGAGUCACAAUGCCAAUUAUUUGCACAAGCAUGCUUGGUAGCUGAUUAUCUAGCACAAAAUUUACCAAAUAUUCGCUAUGACACGAUACAAAAGCCCGUCUUAGAAUGGAAGCCAUGGUUAUGUAAAAUUAACAUGAAAAACAAUUGGCACCAUUGCUCAUCUCCUUUGAUAUGGAAAGAACUUAUGAUGAAAGGAAGUAAACCGUAUUAUAUUGGCAGUGCAACGCAAUUCUGGGACUACUGCUACUCUUAUUACAAAUUGGAAACCUUUAUAACUUGUGACAAACUAAGAGAAUUAAUCCCAAACAUUGAACAAUUUAAGCAAGAAAUAGAAAUAGAAACAAAAGCACUCAAGUGUGGAGAAGUACAUGAAGAAAUUAAAAGUAAUAUUACAGUCCCAAAGAAUAAUUUUGUUGUUUGCAUAUCUGGCGCGGAAAUGAAUAUUGUAAAACAUCUCAUAUUCAACCUUCUAGAAAUGAUUGUUGAAGAGAAAAACAUUUCAGAAAUAUACAUCUAUGAUAUCAAAAACUCAAAGUCUUACAUGAAGUACAUCGAGCGAGAAUCGAGUUGUUUUAAGAACAACCCCAAAACUUUGAAAUAUGCCGAGAAGAUUGGAUUUGCCUUGACUCAUGCCGAUUUAUUAAUAGUACUAGAUCAUGCACCUUACGAUGAUGAGGAUUCUAUAGGGUUUUGGCUUCAUGCCAAUAGAAGAAUCAUGGAGAAUUUAGCGCACAUGAUAAAUCCAUGUGCUCCAUCCAGUAUGAAAAUUCUGUUCCCAAAUAUUGGCCCAUCAUGUUAUAAUGCCACGGUUUUGGCAAACGCGAUGAUAAGGAUUCCGAAGUGGAACAUUGUUGUAGCAACAUCAGACCUGGGGAUGGAGAUGGCACCAGUUGCAGCAGAGAUUGCGGAAGUUCCACAUAGAAAUAUGUUCUGUCCACCUGUAUGGGGUUUCGUCGGCAUUAAUCACUUAAUUGAUAUCAGAACUACCAUACAUAGAUACAAUUCCUUCGAUCCUUACAGCAGAUUUCUCAAGGUGCAGGAUUCUACCUUAAAAAUUGGCUCCUUAAAACCUCAAUUGCGAACCAUGGAAUAUCUCAUGGCAUUUGAUGAAUCAUUGUGGAUUAAAGUAGCAGAGCGUAAGCAUAAAAUACCGGAAGGACAAAUUGGAAUAAAUAAAGCUGAAGCAGUAUUAAAUGUGGUAAAACUAUGGCUUCUUGAAGAAGAUCCUGAAAAUUACACUAAUCUCGGAAUUCGAUGUGACGGGACAUUUGGACUAACUUUUGAUGGUGUAUUUUCUCAACCCGCUCAUCUCAUUAAUGGUGUAUGGCAACCUGCCCGGGAUUAUAUGACUCCUAAAGAUCCACAUAUGAAGCUACCGUAUCUACAGUAUAUUGCUGAAUUGAGCAUGAAAUUUCAAGAAAAAGAUCUUCCCAAAAUCUAUAAUAUCUGUCCUUGUGAUUGUACUGGUCAUACCAGUCUUUGUUGGAAAUCAUAGAAUACUUUAAGCGAUUAUUGGGAGUUCGGAUGGGCAUAACUAUUCAGAAAAAUACAUUCAGCGUUAUCUGAAUGCUCGAUAACUGCAGAUGUUAACUCGAAUUUGCAAGACAUAUCGAUAGCAUGAGGCAUAAAUCAUAAUUGUAGAGACGCUGCACUACAGUCGUCGAAAUAUUGGACGGCCCUUUUGGACAGCUACACAAAUUUACUAUUUACUCUUGAUUUAUUUGAUAAAAUACAUAAAAAGACACAUAAUAAAAAUUAUUUAACAGCUUAAG